CAGUCAUGAGGAUUUUCAUAGCUUAUGAAGGCUUGUGCGAGCCGAUUGACAUUUCGCAGGAUCAGACAGUGAGUGCAGUAAAACUGAUGAUCAAGGAUUACUUCCAUGUGCAGCUGUCUGACAACAAACAGGGCCACAGGUUUCUAGAGCUGAGCUAUGCAGGAGCCACACUGGAGGAUGACUGGGUCCUGGCUGAUAUGGGGAUAAUGCCCAGCUGCACCAUUAAAUGCAUCUUAAAGGAAGAAGAUAAGCCAGUCCUCCAUGUGUACAAUGCUGUUACGAGAGAGACUAUCCCCAUCAUGGGGAGCAUAUUCCUGUUGACAACGACUGUGUCCAGCUUGAAGAGUCUGGUUUCUCUCAAGUGUGGGCUCCCUGUCAGCAUGUUCCGUCUCAGCACACAGUGGGGCGUGGAGCUUUACAGCUGCAACAAGCUGGACGAUUACAAGAUGGAUGCAGGGACAACCCUGCGUCUGGAUGUAUGGGACGGCUGGAGCGAGUUUUUGAGAGGGUGUUUUCUGGGGCACAUAUGCACUAUCCGGCGCAAGCUCUCUGAGGAAGAACCUAUAUCCAAGUUCCAGCAGAGAGUGGCUCUUCAUCUUGCAGCUUUCUUUGGGCACCUGGAGCUGGCCGGGUGGCUGCUGAAGAAAGGGGGUCGAGCUGACGAGCCGGUGGGGGUUCACCCUUAUCGGGCGUGGUGUCGGGACACUGACCACCCGGACAUCAGGAAGUGCCCAGUCCACGUGGCAGCUGAGGCGGGGCAACUCCUCAUACUGAAAUUUUUCAUAAACAAUAACCUCCUGUGCCUGAAGGUCCCCGAUCCGCAAGGGCUUAACCCGCUCCAGAUCUGUAUCAAGCACAAGCACAAACACUGCGUCUUGUACUUUGUCACAAAAAUGUGGUCUGUCGUCUCGUACCCUGGGCUUUCUCUUCCGAUCGGAGCCUACUUGAAAAUAAAAUGCUGGCUUUGCAAGGCACGGAAACAAAUCGCAGCCAGAAAGCUCCUGAGCAAGACCGCCACUUUCAACACGAGGGUAGGGGAUAUCGUUCUGGUAGACGGCUUCACGCCAUUGGAAAUGACCUCAAAACCGAAAAGGAAAGCUAACAAAGCAGGUGGAGCAGAGAGAAGCUGUGCUCUGCCAGCGCUGCCUCAGACCCAAGGCCAGAAGGGAAACAACCUGUUUCCCCUUUGCAGCAAAGCAUCCCAGAAUAUCCAGCCGCCUCAGGUGCAGGCAGCUGGCAGAGCUCCAGAGAAACUCAGGAACAGGAAGGUUAAAAGUAGGAAAACAAUGGAAAUCCUGUCAGUUGAAAACAGGAACAGAAACAGAAACAUGUGGAAGAACAGAGUUCCUCUUCCUCCCAUCUCACGGGACACCAACCCCCGGCCUCAGUUCAUCUACGCAUCUCCAAAUGCUUCCUUCAUCCUGACGUCCUCCCUGGAAUCUUUUUCCGAGCACAACGGACGAACGCCCAGAGAAAACGCUAUUUACUGUUUGGCUCUUGCCAGUGCCUUUAAAGAGAAGCCUUGGCUCCAGCAACUUGGAAUGGCGAGAAGUUUAGCAAGGAGGGCCGUACUGAAACCUUUAUAAUGAACUGGACCCCGACGUGUCAUCACUUGUGAUUUAUGUGGUUCCUAGAUUACAAUCUACUAUGCCAUUUUCUUUUCGCUUCUAACACACUGUGUGACACCGCAGAGCAACACUUACAUCCAAAAUGUUGUUUGGCAUUAAUAAAAGGGAUAUCUUUGCUGAAUACAGAGAGGAAGGGGGGCAAUGGGUUAAAUGGAUUUUAAAACCUCAGUACUACACUUUUUUAGGUUACCGAUUAUUUAUAUUUACUACAUUCUUUGAUAGUUUAGCAUCGAUUAUCAAACUUUAUAAAAACGAGAGCAGGCCUUCAUGACAGUCUGGUUUGUUUACAACCCUUUUUUCUACUUCAGGUACCUAAUGAUGUCACUGCGAAAACCAAAUAUGAAUGCUCCAAAUAAAGUAUUACUUGGAACAACAGUAUAUAUCUUUUAGCACUGCUAAAGGUCCGGAAGCAAAAUGUAGAUAGUGUUUACACUUUUGAGAGGCUGUCUGUGGCAAUGCACAGUACUCUGUGCAACAAGAGGCUGACGCUUUAAAAGAUGCAGGGCGUGCUGAUAGAAAGCUGGCACAUAACCAGAUAGCACUUGAUAGGUUUGGCACUUCACUUUCUUACAUGGCUGUGGGCUGGUUUUGCUUUUGUAACGUUGUACAGUGUGACCUUUUGGCUUUAAAUAAAGCAGUGCCAAGGGAUAGUAACAGAUGACAGAAGCUCAAUUCCGAGUCUGUUGCAAACACUUUUUACAUUUAUCACUGUAAGAACCACAAAGGCUAAGCUUAAUAAAGAAAAGGAUCUGGUUUGAAA